UGGGGCCAGUCAACGGUUGCGAUUAGGAGAGAAAGCAUCGCGCGUUCUGUCGUUCGUUCUCCCGGUUCUGGUUUAUCGGUAUGCGCGUUCUGUUGUGCGGCGAAUGCAGGAAUAAAAACGUGAUUUUGGUGAUUCAGAAAUUUUGGGUAUUUUUGUGUACAUAGUGGUGGUUUGCUGGAAGGUGUACCCGAAAUUUGGAAUUAUAUUAUCCUUGACCGUCAACAGGGCUCUCAGUGAGUUGCAAUGCAAACAACGGACCCGGGGGGAAACGGCCAAGGACCCACCGCUGCGGCUAAUAACAACUACAACAGUACCACGUCGUCAACAGCUUUGCCGCCAAAACCACCGUUGCCACCACCACCACAGCUGACGCCGCCUCCACCGGGAUCAUGGGCAGCGCUGAAGGCCAGCAUCUUGCGAUGGCGCGGUUCGAGGCGCCUGGUGCUCGUCAUCGUUGCCAUUGCACUGCUGCUCGACAAUAUGCUGCUGACCGUCGUUGUGCCAAUCAUUCCGGAAUUCCUAUACGACAUCAGGCACCCGGAUGCUCCACUAGCUAGCUUUCCCAAGACUCCACCGACGACGCUUUCACCGUGUGAGAAAGAAACCACCACUCCCUAUAAUGGAAUUGACAUCACCACUCCUGGUUAUGAUAACGCCAGCUGGCAUGCCGAACGAGAGGAGCGUCACAAGGAGCUGGUGGAGGAAACGGUUGAAGUUGGCCUUAUGUUUGCAUCGAAAGCUUUCGUCCAGCUGCUUGCCAAUCCAAUAGUCGGUCCAUUAACGCAUAAGAUAGGUUAUAGUAUUCCCAUGUUCACUGGUUUCGUUAUUAUGUUUAUUUCGACUUUGAUUUUCGCAUUCGGUAGAACGUAUCCCGUUCUAUUCCUAGCUAGAGCAUUGCAGGGUAUUGGGUCGUCCUGUUCGUCCGUGUCCGGCAUGGGAAUGCUGGCCGAUCGAUACACCGACGACAAAGAACGUGGCAACGCCAUGGGCAUAGCAUUAGGUGGUUUAGCUUUAGGCGUCCUGAUCGGCCCGCCGUUCGGGGGAAUAAUGUACGAAUUUGUUGGGAAGUCGGCUCCCUUCCUGGUGCUGUCAGCUCUGGCUCUCGGCGAUGGACUUCUGCAGCUGGUUAUGAUGCAACCUUCGGUCGUAAUCGAGGAAUCCGAUCCACCCUCGCUGAAACAACUGGUCAUGGAUCCUUACAUCAUUGUGGCGGCCGGAGCAAUCACCUUUGCAAACAUGGGAAUUGCCAUGUUGGAACCGUCGUUACCCAUUUGGAUGAUGGAUAACAUGGGUGCCAGUCGGUGGGAGCAGGGCGUAACGUUUCUACCAGCUUCCAUCAGUUACCUAAUAGGAACGAAUCUCUUUGGACCGCUGGGCCAUCGCAUUGGUCGAUGGCUCGCCGCACUUCUAGGUCUGGUAAUCAUUGGUCUUUGCCUGCUGUGUAUACCUAUGGCCACCUCAAUCCACCACUUGAUAAUCCCAAAUGCUGGUCUCGGAUUCGCAAUCGGUAUGGUGGACUCGUGCAUGAUGCCGGAGCUAGGAUACUUGGUGGAUAUUCGGCACUCGGCCGUGUAUGGUAGCGUUUACGCUAUCGGAGAUGUUGCUUUUUGCCUAGGAUUCGCCAUCGGACCCGCCCUAAGUGGUACCUUGGUAAACACCAUCGGUUUCGAGUGGAUGUUGGUGGGAAUUGCUAUUUUGUGCUUCCUGUACGCGCCAUUACUGACACUGCUCCGGGCACCGCCGACCAAGGAGGAAAAGAAGUCCCUGAUAGUUGGAGAGCGUUCAUCGGUGCGAUACGUAACCUACCAAAACGAGGACGACGACGAGUAAGUAAAUCAAAACUACUUGAACAGUACAUUCGAAACACGAGUCACCAAACCCCGGAGAUGAAUCUUCAAACUGCGCGCAUUUUAAUCUAGGAACGGAUCACGUAAGAGAGUUUUAAGUCGAAAUGCAGAUGGCGCUAAUGCGACGCCACUCACAAGCAGAGUGCGCGUUUGCAGGUGGAAGUGAUUGUUUUAGUAUUUUGAGCUUUUUGAACAAUAAGUAAGUACUAAAUGUUGGAUAAUGUCGAUAGUAUGUGAAAUACACUUGUUGAAAAGAGCACUGAUAAAAGAUUACUAUUGAGAGCGAAGAGCACACGUUUAUUGUGCAUGCAACGGGAAACCGUGGGCUUUGCGAGAAGAUACAUAGAAGAAGCAUUGCUAUUGAUACUAAACUGAUGAUAAUGGAUCUAUAAUCAAGCGGUUUAUGUUACUUCUGCAGAAAGGUGUGAAUAGAUUUAAAGAGGAAACCUCAAGCUCAAAUCAAACGAACAAACAUAAAAAAAACUAGAAUUACUCCCUGCGAACUCGCAAGUCAAUCGGUUUUCAAGGGGGCUUUUAUUGCCUUUUUUAAAAGAAACAUUAAGUUUUGUAUUUAUUAUUCUAUCAAACAACACUUGUUUUCAGAUAUAAACGAUAUAAGUCGAUAAAGCUCAAAUAUUAUGCUUAGUUCAUCGUAAACUCAAAAAAAUUUCAUUUUAAGCUUAUUUCUGAAAAUUAGAAAUUAAGAAAUAUCAAGAGAUUUUUCCAACAACGAUUCGAUAUUUUUUCACUAUAAAAAAAAAUACUUAGAAGCUCCCUUUGAAACCGAACGAACCUAAUCGAUGAGAUAAGCAAAUCAAUCCGGUGCCACAGCGAAAGAUGCCACACAUGACUCAAUUAAAAUGCUGUAUUGUGAGUUUACAUACUCCCGAUUUGAUUGUCUGAGUAGACAAAUUGUGAUUGGAGUAUGCAGGUACUAUACUUGGCUAUAAUUGAAUCAAUGAAGCAUCCAAGUUAAAUAUUUAGUGUUUGCUAGUUUUCUGGUUUACAGCAUUUGGUUUUAUUCAGUUUUAAGUCAGAUUUUGUGUGUGUUUCUGAAAUGCUAGACAACACAAGCCCUCAAAUGUUUGAGUGAGAAACAAAUUUUCGAUCAAAUGAGUCAUACUUAUAGUCUAUUAAUACUAGUAGAUACACUUACUAAUCACUGUUUUGUCAAAGAUCAGUUUCGAAUGAGAUGCCUGUAUAAUAAAUUUCUGUUUUUAACAAUGCUCUCCCAAGACGGCUUUCGCGUUGUGCAAUAAGAUUUCGAUAAAUUUUGAUUUAUUCGAAAUAAUAUUGCAAUUUCAGAGAAAACUUUCCGUUUUACGGUUCAACGGAAAGCUACCGCAGCUGUCACAUCACUGAUUUGCACAGGGUGGGUGUACGGCUGUCAACUACAAACAAAGCUCGCCUAACAAUCAUCUCUCGGACGGGCCGGCCCAAACAGCAUCUUUUCUCACGCGGGCCAUGCCAGGCAGCAAAUGCUGAUGCAUUUCAACACUCAAACAGCGGGAUGCCUAGCAGCAUUG